AUGAAGACUGAACCUUUGAAGACCCGAAAGUGGAUUAUUAAGUUGAAUUUAGUUGCAGAUUUCUUAUCUGAUGAUGAUUCCUUCUCUCAACGGAAUUCGAAGAUUCCGCAAGAUGUAAAUAUGAUUGGCGCAUCAGAUUGUGAUGUGCCCCCUGGAAAGAACGGGGAGACCUAUUCUCGUCAAGAUUCAGAAGAAAGAAAUCGACACGCCAUGGUUGUUCUUUUUUCACUAAAUGAAGAAGUGGGAGCUCUAGCUGAAGCCCUCAAAAUAUUCAAGGAAUAUAAGAUAAAUUUGCACCACAUCGAGUCACGGUCAUCCAAACGGUUAGACAAUGACUACGAAUUUAUGGUUGAAUGCGACACACGAUCAGGGAACAUCAACGAAGCCAUAGAAGAACUACGUACCAAAUCGCAAUAUAUGACGGUAAUUUCGAGGGAUCACAAAGAAAUUGAAACUGCCGCUGUUCCCUGGUUCCCUCGCAAAGUCAAGGAACUGGAUAUGUUCGCGAACCACAUUCUUACUUAUGGAUCAGAGCUAGAUGCUGACCAUCCGGGAUUCACCGAUCCUACUUACAGAGCUAGGAGGAAAUAUUUUGCAGACAUUGCGUUCCACUACAGACAUGGUCAAAUCAUACCGAGAGUCAAAUACACAGAUGAAGAAACGAAAACAUGGGGCACAGUCUUCAAAGAGCUCACAAAAUUAUAUCCCACACAUGCCUGCAGAGAACACAAUCACAUAUUUCCUCUAAUGAUUGAAAACUGUGGAUACAGAGAAGACAACAUACCACAGCUGGAAGAUGUUUCCAACUUCUUGAAAGAUUGCACUGGCUUUACACUACGCCCGGUUGCUGGUCUUUUAAGCUCUAGAGAUUUUCUAGCGGGUUUGGCAUUUAGAGUAUUUCAUUCAACACAGUACAUAAGGCAUCCAUCAAAACCUUUCUACACACCAGAACCAGAUGUGUGUCACGAACUUCUGGGCCAUGCUCCACUGUUUGCAGACCCAGAUUUUGCAAGAUUUUCUCAAGAGAUCGGCCUUGCGUCUCUUGGCGCCCCAGACUGCUACAUCGAAAAGCUGGCCACUUGUUAUUGGUUUACCGUUGAAUUUGGACUUUGUAAGCAGAAUGGCAAAGUAAAGGCUUAUGGAGCAGGACUACUUUCAUCUUAUGGUGAACUGGAAUACAGUUUAAGUGGAAAACCAGAAAUUAGGGAUUUUGAUCCUCCCAAGACGGGUGUACAAAAGUACCCCAUCACAGAGUACCAGCCAAUUUACUACUUAGCUGAAAGUUUUGAUGACGCCCAACGAAAAGUCAGGGAAUUUGCUCUCUCCAUACCACGCCCAUUCACAGUACGUUACAACGCAUACACUCAGAGCAUCGAAAUUCUUGACGCUAAGCCUCAAGUUGCUUCGCUCGCAAGAGAUUUACAAGCCGAAAUGGAAUUGCUGCUUGAUGCACUGAGGAAAAUUUGAAGAAUUCUGCGUCUGAUCAAAGAUUUGAGGAAACAACAUUAUUUUUGAACUGAAUAAAUGCUUGUGAGAUGAACAAAUACCAUGUACAAGUUAUAGAAAUUAUUAGUUGAUAAAAAAAAUUAAAAAUAUUACAGCUGGUGGAGUGUAAUUUAUAAAUCAUCACAGAUAAAGUUUUUGUUGGUCUUUCGAAAACCAAAUCUUUUUAUUGUUAAAAAUUUCUAUUGUUAAAGAAUUACAUUGUGAACAAUAAGCUCUGUGA